AUGCAUUUCGCAUAUCCCAACCGCAAGAGCUCCAACCCGCCGCCCUUCCGGCCUCGAUCCUCAAGGCUGCCUGGCCUGCGGAGGAGCCGCAUCAAGACCAUUGGCAUUGGCCUGUUCAUCGUGCUUGCGGUACUUUGGUUCUUCUCCAAUCCCCGAGUGCCGCGCCCCGAUCACGAGCGCGUGCCUUCUGGCCAGCCGCCCGUCGUCGUUGUGACCGUCAUCGACCCGACCCAGUACCCCAAUUCCUACCUCAAGACGGUCAAGGAGAACCGCGAGCAGUAUGCCGCCAAGCAUGGAUAUGAGGUACUUGUGGUGAGAGCCUUCGACUACGACACCAAAGGAGCGCCGCAGAGCUGGUCCAAGCUUAUGGCCAUGCGACAUGCGCUGGCCAAAUUCCCCGAGUGCAGGUUCGUUUGGUACCUCGACCAGGACGCCUACAUCAUGGACGUGAACAAGUCAUUGGAGGAGCAUCUGCUGGGGCAACGGAGGCUGGAGAGCCUGAUGAUCAAGAACUAUCCCGUCGUGCCACCGGACAGCAUCAUCAAGACGUUCUCGCAUCUUAGGGCAGACGAGGUCGAUUUUGUUGUCAGCCAGGAUACCUCGGGCUUGGUGGCCGGCAGCGUCGUGGUGAGAAACAGCCAGUGGAGCAAGUUUUUCCUCGAGACGUGGAUGGAUCCUCUGUACCGAAGCUACAACUUCCAAAAGGCCGAGAGACACGCUCUGGAGCACAUUGUCCAAUGGCACCCCACCAUCCUCUCGAAGCUGGCGCUCGUGCCACAACGCAUCCUCGGCCCUUACACGCGCACCGACAAGGGCGACGCCUACCAAGACGGCGACUUUGUCGUCAUGUUCAACGGCUGCACCAAGGAGGGUGUCUUGAGCUGCGAGACCGAGUCGGCAACCUACUACCAGAAAUGGAGCUCGGCGUUUAGGAGCUAG